AUGACAGUGUACCAGAACGGCGGUGGGUCGUCGGUUCCUCCGCCGCCGCCGUUGGUGUGCCGCCCCCACCUGAACCCCAACUCGCCGCCCCUGCUAUCCCCGCUGGACCCCGCCUCGCGCCUCUCACCCCUCCAUCCUCCCUUCCACUAUGAGGACGGAGCGGCGCCCCCCGCCACGCACGCGGCCACCACGCCCAUGCCUGUGGCAGGGGAGGCGCGCACGUGCUGCUCUGGGGCGGCAGCGGCGCCUGGCGGAGGCGUGGAAGCGGAAGCGGCGGCGCGGCGAGGCGGGGCAGGGCGCGGCCGAGCACCUGCGGUCGGCGCCGCUGGGCCGCGUGCGCCACCCGCUGCAGGAGAGCGUGGUGGCGGGCGCGGUGAGUGGCGCGGCGGGCGUGCUGGCCACCUGCCUGCUCAGCGUGCCCCUGGCGCUGCUACUGCUGCUGGUGCUGCCCCUCGCCCUGCUGGCCAAGGGCCUGGCCGCCGCCUGCCGUCUGCCCCGCGCCCCGUCCUGCCUGGCGGCCUGCCACGGGGACUACCUCUCGCCCCACGACGCGCAGUUCCUGCUGCAGGAGGCGGACCCGCGCGCCGUCAUGCACAGCGUGCUCGUCAUCGACGCCGCCAUGAACCUCAAGCGAGUGAAGCAGCUGCUGGCGGCGCGUGUGGUGGAAGCACGCACGGGCGCGGGCGCCCUUCUGUACCCGCGCUUCACGCAGACGGUGACGCGGCUGGCGGCGGGGCCUGCCUGGGUGCACGACGCUGCCUUCAGCCUGCACAACCACGUAUUCGAGGGACCCCCCGUGGCCAGCGAGGAGGCGCUGCACCGCUACGUGGGCGCGCUGCUCUCCCAGCCGCUGCCACCCGCACGCCCGCUGUGGGAGGUGAUCGUGCUGCACGACUACGGGCGGAGCCGCGACACGGUGCUGGUGUGCCGCCUGCACCAGUGCCUGUCCGACGGCAUGUCGCUGGUGCGCGUGCUGUGCCAGUCCCUGUCAGACAACCAGAUCAUGCACAUCCCGCAGAAGCCUCACUUCGGCGGCACCACCUACGGCAUGAACCUGGCGCGCGGCCUGCUGGUGGGCCCCCUCACCGCUCUCACCUGGCUGCUGGCCUGGCGCCCGCAGCUCAACCCCCUCACGCUGCGCCGCGGCUCGGCGCGCCCCCCGCCCCCCGCCGCGCCGCCCCCGCCUGCUGCUGCUGCUGCGGCGGACGCGAGGAGGUGUCGGCCCGCGAGGCGAACGAAGGUGGCGGUGCCUACACCGUGUGGGGGGAGGGGGAGGGGGCGGGGGAGGGGCAGGUGGUGGUGUGGGGGGCGGGGGUGACGGUGGGGGGCGUAGUACGGGUGAAGCAGGUGACCCGCACCUGUCUCAACGACGUGCUGCUGGCGGCCGUGGCGGGGGCGCUGCGCCUCACCCUGCAGCGGCGCGGCGUGCGGCACCCCAGGGACCUCAGGGCAAGUGUUGCUGUGGACCUGAGGAGUAGCCCGCCACCCUUCUCCAUCCCCCGUCUGGGUACCAAGGCUGCCCUGGUUCCCCUCUCCCUCCCCCUCUCCUGGGACGCCGCCAUACCUCGCCUGUGGGAGGUCAGGUCACGCGUUGAUGAUAUGAAGGCGUCAGCGGAGGCAGUGGUGGCGUACGGGUUGGUGUGGUGGGCUUGUAAACUCCUGCCGACGCCCCUCACUCGCUCCCUGCUGCGUCACCUGUACCGCCGCUGCUCCGUGCAAUACUCGUCACUGCCAGGCCCUACCUCACCGCUCCUCCUCGGCGGGUACACGGUGAAGCACAUAUACAACAUCUCCCCUCCCCGGGACCCCACCCCCCUCAGUGUCACCGUGCUCACCUACGCAGACCAGGUGCAUGUGUCAGUGGCCGCCCGCACCUCCAUGCCCGCCGCGCCCGCUGUGGCAAGACUUCUGCUGCAGGAGUUCCAGAAUCAGUGUAUACAGAUGUGCGAGCUGCUGGCCAACAGACGCAUCCCAGGGGAGCAGCGGCGCGGGAUGGUGUUUACCCCGGGGGAGCUGGGCCGGGGCCACUCCCUGCCUGAGCUUCAGGAAAAACUGCGGCGUGUACAGACGGAGCUGACGGAGGUGACGCAGCUGUGGGAGGCGACCAGACGCAACGCCCUUGCUCACCCACCGCGUCCACAGGACGUGGAAGAGGAGGAGCAGGAGGAAGGGGGUGGUGCUUCUGCUGGGUCUGCCUUACUAGGGAGGAACAGUGGGCCAGGAAGCGGUGCAGGGGCGAGGGGGGGCCGAGGCAGGCUUCCCCAGAUGGAGGAGGUCCUGUGUUCCCGUGUACAGCAUCUUAAGGGCGAGUUUACUGACCUGCUAGCGGAAAUACGAAGGAGGAAGAGCGUGUCUGAAGGAAGAGUGGUCGGCGUGGGCAGCCAGACUGAGUUUGAGGAGGAGGACGGGGAGGUGAGGCGGCCACGGAAGCGGGCUCUGUCUGCCGCCUCCACCUGGUCCGCCUCUUCUGGGACCACUGAGGUGUCUUCCUGCCUGGCCCGCCCCCUCACCACGCCCACCCAGCCCACGCCCACGCCCCUGCCCCCCGCCACGCACCCCUCCAGAGGCUGUCUAGUCACUGAUAUCACCUGAAGGCAACUGGAAACGCGCGUGUGAUAGGCUAACGAAGGCCCGGCCGGGGAUGUCACUGGGUACUGAAGGAAGGCUUCUGAUUGGUGCGUUCAAAGGCUGCUUCGUGAUUGGCUGGGUGAGGGACGUGCUACUCCUGUGUUGUGAUUGGUGGAGUGGAAGUGACGUGUGGGACUGAGUGGCUUGUUCGUAAAGACUGGGAAUUGAUUGUAAGUGCUUGUUAAGUGCUGGGAUUGUUUACUUAUAAUGUUUGUAAGUGCAGGGAUGGUUACUUGAGAGAUGUGCGUCUGUGGCGUUAGUAAGUGAAGAAAAUGACUACUUAUAAACGUAACUGCAAGGGAUUCUUUGUUAUUGUUCAUAAGUGCAGGAACAGCCACUUGUAGCGUUUAUAAGUGCAAGGAAGUGUUAGUAGCUGUUUAUAAGUGUGAGGACCAGACUGUUAUCAGGCUUAUAAGUGCGAGGAAUAACACAAAAGUACAAGUGACACUCAAAACUAUAAUAAGACAAAAAAAAAUGAAGAAAACGAGCAUAAUAAUAAUAAUAAUAAUAAUAAUAAUAAUAAUAAUAAUAAUAGUCUUCUAGUCUUCACAUGCAUAUUUAUUAUUGCGUACUAUUAUAACUACAAGCGUUACUACUACUAUUACUACUAUUACUACUACCGUUAAUAGCUCUGCUAACGAUGUCACCUUUUUACAACCCUGAUAUAAGUGCCUUGUGUUGUGUUGUGUUGUGAUGGUGAUGGUGAUGAUUAUAGUGAUGGUAUGAGUAUUUAUUGUUAUUAUUAUUAUUGUUGUUGUUGUUAUUAUCGUUAUUAUUAUUAUUAUUAUUAUUAUUAUUAUUAUUAUUAUUAUUAUUAUUAUUAUUAUUAUUAUUAUUAUUUGUUUCGUGGCUUCUUCAACUUGCUUAUUUUAUUACUUUGUUGUUUUUCGUAUUAUCCCCCCUCCUCUCUCUCUCUCUCUCUCUCUCUCUCUCUCUCUCUCUCUCUCUCU